AUGCAGGGCUCCUUUUAAGAGAAUGAAGCUAUAGCUGACAUCUUUUAUCAAGUAAAAGAUGUAGAUGAACAAAUAUUUGGUGUCAUAUUAGAAAUAUUUAGAAAGGAGAAAGUUUAAAAUUGCAUUGGAUUUCUUUUAGAUAAUGGAAAUCAAAAAUAUUUAGAAUUAUAAAUCUUACAAUAAGUAGAGAAUAUUACCCAAUCUGAUAAAUAAUAGAAAUUGUCUGUUGUUAGAAAUGAAAUCAAAUAAAUCACAGAUUUCUUAAGAAAAUUAAAAGAUCAUGACUUCAAUUACAAAGACUUUUCCUCUGAAGAAAAUGAAGAAUUUACAUUAAGUCUAAUUAAAAGCAUCAAGGAUAAUAGAAGGAUCAUUGAAUUUCUGUAAUUUUUAGUUCACCUCACAUCCAUUGAUGAAACUUUAAUAUAAGGUGGGUCCAAUUCAUUACAUUUAUUAGUUUAAAUUAAGGUGGACCUAAAAAACAAAAAUUUUAAAAACAUAAAAAUCUAAAAUACUACUUUAGUGGGAGCUAAUUUUGCUAGGUGUAAUUUAAGUGAUUCGGAAUUUACUAAUGUUGACAUAAGUGGUAUGAAUUUGAAUGGAGCUAUAUUGCUUAAUUGUAAAUGGAAGAACUUAAGAAUACUUGAGUUAAAUAGAUUGGAUGGUCAUACUUCUAAUGUAAAUUCAGUAUGCUUCUCUCCAGAUGGUGCUACUUUAGCAUCUGGUAGUUGGGAUAAGUCUAUCCGUUUAUGGGAUAUUAAGACAGGUGAAUAAAAAGCCAAACUGUAUGGUCAUAGAGAUGCGGUAAAUUCAAUAUGCUUUUCUCCUGAUGGUUUAACAUUGGCAUCUAGUAGUAGAGAUAACUCUAUGCACUUAUGGGAUAUUAAGACAAGGAAAAAAAAAGCCAAAUUGUAUGGUCAUAGAUAUGCAGUUAAUUCAGUAUGCUUCUCUCCUGAUGGUAUUAUAUUAGCAUCUGGUAGUAAUGAUGAUUCUAUUAUUUUAUGGGAUGUUAAAACAGGGUAAUAAAAAACCAAAUUGCAGGGUCAUGUGGAUUAGGUCGACUCAGUAUGUUUCUCUCCUGAUGGAAAUAUACUAGCAUCUGGUAGCAGAGAUUGGUCUAUCCGUUUAUGGGAUGUUAAGACAGGAUAAUAAAAGGCGAAAUUGGAUGGUCAUGGUUGUUUUGUUGAUUCAGUAUGCUUCUCUCCAGAUGGAACGACACUUGCAUCGGGUGGUAGUGAUAACACUAUCCGUUUAUGGGAUGUUAAGUAAGGAUAAAAAAAUGCCUAAUUGAUUGAUUGUGGUGGUGGUAAUUCUGUUUGUUCGGUAAGUUUCUCUCCUAAUGGAACCAUAUUAGCAUGUGGUUAUUGUAAUGGUUGUAUCGGAUUAUGGGAUGUUAAGACAGGAUAAGAAAAGGUGAAAUUGGAUGGUCUUUGUUAUUUUAGUAACUCAGUAUGCUUCUCUCCUGAUGGUACUACCUUAGCAUCUGCUAGUGAAGGUUAGUCUAUCCGUUUAUGGGAUGUUAAGACAUGGUAAUAAAUACCCAAAUUGAAAGGUCAUAGUGGUUAUGUUUAUUCAGUAUGCUUCUCUCCUGAUGGUACUACCUUAGCAUCUGGUAGUUAAGAUAACUCUAUCCGUUUAUGGGAUGUUAAGUCAGGCUAAUAAAAGGCCAAAUUGAAAGGUCAUAGUGAUUAUCUUUAUUCAGUAUGCUUCUCUCCUGAUGGUACUACCUUAGCAUCUGGUAGUGAAGAUAACUCUAUCCGUUUAUGGGAUGUUAAGUCAGGCUAAUAAAAGGCCAAAUUGAAAGGUCAUAGUG